AUGUCUAUUGAAACCAACAACUUUUAUGUUGAAAUUUGUGAUCUUUGUCGAUUAUAUCGCCUUAUUUCACCAUUAGCUGCUACUAAUAUUGAAAUGACAAUUGUUGUAUCAAAUGAUGGUUUACGUUUUGUUACUGAGACAGCAUUACAAUUUCAAACUAUUAUUUAUUAUAAUUCUAAAAAUAUUAAAACAUUAAAAUUUAAUUCUGGGGAUAAUUUUGUAAUUAUCAAAAUACCAACUAGAGAUUUUUUAGAUACCUUAAUGGGUUGUGGACAUAAUAGUAUUGUGGCAAAACUUAUAUACGAUGAAAAAAAAAAUGAAGAUAGUCUUUAUGUUAUAAUAGAUGAAACGAUAACAAAAACUACUUUUACUAUUCCAGCAUCAUCAACAAUCAUAACUACAGUAUUUAAUGAAAGCAAAACAAAUAUAGUUCAAGUAUGUACACUUCUUUCAAAACCGUUAAGUAACAAUAUUCAAUAUGUUUCGGAAUAUGUUGAUAAUGUUAAAUUGGUUUUAUCAUCAGAAGGUAUUUACUUUUUUUCAGAAUGUGAUGGAUGUAAAUUUGAGUGCAAUAUUCUUUUAAAAAGUGAAAAUAUUAUUGAAAUUUCUUCUUGUUUUGUAGAUAUUUAUUGGUAUACUGCAAAUUCACUUAAAAAACUUUUACCAUAUUUAAAUUUAGCUAAAUAUUGUAAAAUAAAAAUAUCUCGUUUUGGUACUUUAGAAUGUAAAGUUGAAUUUAAUGAUUCAAAGUUUUCUGUAAAUACCGUUCAAAUAUGGAUUGCUGGAAUACAUGAUCCUAACAUUGAUAUUAACAAAAAAUAA